AUGACAACAACAAAACGAUCUUAUUCACAAAAUUUAGCACUGUUAUCUAUUGGUUUUAUUCUAUUUAUUGCCUUAAUUUAUCAACCAUUACCACAAGAUUUUCCUCAACCAUGGAAAUAUCGAGUUAUUUGUUUUGGAUCAAAAUUAGUGACAAAAAUAGUGUGUAAACUAGAAAAUAUUUAUUUAUUUUUAGCUAAUGCAAACGUUUUAUUUCAGAGUUAUGUUCUUGAAAACUUAAAUUUAUUAAAACGUAUUGAAGCAAUUCGAUUACUCUACUAUAUAUCUAUUGGAUGUUUUCAAAUUAGAAAUCCACAACAUCAACUCAAAAUUUAUGAUAUGAUUGUGGGUAAUGUAUCAGUACGUGUAUAUCAACCGCUUGAAUAUGGUUCUCAAGAUUUAAUGCCAGCCAUUAUACAUUUUCAUGGUGGUGGAUUUAUGAUCGGGUGUAUAGAUACGUAUGAUGUGGUCACUUAUACAAUUGCCAAUCAAACAAGAGCAAUAGUAUUAUCUGUUGAAUAUCGUCGUAUACCUGAACAUAGUUUUCCAUCGGCUCUUAAUGAUUCAAUGUCAGUAGCUUUUGAAAUAUUUCAUAAUGCACUCAGAUAUAAAAUUGAUAUUAAUCGAAUAGCUCUUGCUGGUGAUUCAGCCGGGGGUAAUUUAGCUCUAGUCAUUACUCAACAUUUAAUACGUGAUGGUUUUAAACCAAAAUUGACUUGUCUGAUGUAUCCAGUUCUACAAUUUUUUGAUUUUACAUUACCAUCUUAUCAACAAUAUUUACCCAGAGGAAUAUUGGGAAUUAUUAACCAAGAAAAUCUUGUAUAUGUGAUUAGUCAAUUGAGUGGUCGUGUUUUGGUAACACAUGAUAUGAUGCAAAAUAAUCAUACAUCAAUUAAUAAUAAACAACGUUUAUAUCCAUAUUUGAAUCCACAAGAAUAUCUACCAAAACAUUAUCAACCAACUGUAAAAUCAUUGGAUAUGACUGAAAAUCCUUUAAUGACAAAAACACUUGAAUAUCUUACUACACCAGAUAUAUCACCAUUAUUAGUGUCAGAUCAAGAAUUACAAAAAUUACCAAUAAUUUUAUUAUUUACAGCUGAAUUUGAUAUUCUAAGAGAUGAAGGUUUCAUAUUUGCUGAACGUUUAAAACGUUUAAAUAAACAGUUGUAUCACUAUCAUUUCAACUCGGCAUUCCAUGGUAGUCAUGUUCUCUUAAAUGGACCAUUAAAAUUUGAUUAUGCAUGGAUAAUGAUUGAAAAAACAACGGAAGCGAUUAGAAAAUAUCUCUAA